AAAGGCAAUCGACGCUUCUCCGUCACCUCGAGAACAAUUUAACAGAAGUAGCCGUAGACGAGAACAUUAGAAGUGGUACCUAGUCGCACGUUUUGUGUCGGAGAAUACGAUGGUUCUUCAUUAACGUGUUCGAUUAAUCACAGUAUAAUUAAUAUUAUUGAUAUCUUGUUCAGUUCCUUUUGCGUUUUUAAUGUUGAGUUGAUGUGUACCAUAAAAAUUAUAUGAAAUUGUGAAUAUUUGCCAGCUAUAGUCGUAGGGUUAGGUACAAUGAAGGCCCGGAGAACAAUUGCGAUCAUAAGCCUUCUGGGUACGAUUUCUCAAGCAGCAGAAUUACUUAAAGUGCCUCGAAUAUAUAACGCAAUAAUCACAUCGGAUAAAGAACUACUACCAAGUCAAGCAUUUCCAGCUUUAUCACCGGUUCUUCAGAGUAUUCAUUUUCCACACUUUGCAAACACAUUAUAUCAUCAACCAAUUAGCAACGUACCACUUAUGACUCAAAAUUCACCUAAACAAUACAACAGACCUAUCGAUCAAUUAUCUUACGAAACAUAUGCAAAAGAUACACCCGGACUAGGUCUACCUUGGAAAAAAGAUAAUCCUCCAAACGACUCAAUUUUGCCUAAAAAAUCAACUCCGGUAUUAUUCAGACCAAAUUUGAACCCCAAAAGUAACCCUACAAAUAAAGAAAGUAUACCGAAUAUUAUACCCAACAGUAAUUUCAGAAGCAACGCGGCGAAUACUAAAAACCCACUUUAUCCUCGCUACAACGAAGAGAUUGGUCAAAUAUUCAACGUCGCGAAUUAUGAAAACAAAAAAGUAUACGCGGCUUCCAGUCCAACGUCACUUUCCCCUACUACUCAAAAAGUUUAUUUAGAUGGUAACCCUUCGAAUUUAUUUUCUACACCGCGACAAGUUAAUUCGCGAGCUCAAUCUCGACCUAACAACGAUCAAUUUUCAAAUCCUCGAUCCUCAGAUAAGAAUCAAAAUCAGCCAGAAUUUGCUGAUUUGUCGUCUCAAUUCAAUCUGCAGAAUCAGUUUCAAUACUUCAAAAACAAUGCACCUAAAGAUAAAAGCAUAGCUGAUGUUCCUCCUCCACCUUUGCCCGUUGGAAGACAAGGUGCUCAAAGAAGUAAUGAAAAUGCUCCUGUGAAUCCUUUACAAUUGGCAAUUGGCAUUUAAUCUUAUGAUAAAGUGAAAAUUUUUAAUGCAUACUUAUCUAGUUGAGGAUAUAUUAGGUAGGUAGUUAGGUACCAAUGCAACAUGUUAUGCAAGUAAGUAUCCAGUUUUGUAGCAAGUGCGCACAUCUAGUAUGAUUAUUGAUUAUGUUCGUAAAUAAGUGCCCAUGCUACCAGCAUAGCCUACCUUAAUACCGGCUAUAGAUAAUUAAAGGCGAAAAUACUCAAUUUUGACCAAUUGUUACUUCCAUCUACAUUAUAAUUACAUUACUAUAUGUAUUUGAUGAAAAAAUAAUUUGCAUGAUUUUGUUAAUUUUGUUACAUAGCAUUUACUUUUAAUUACGUUAGACGCCUGACAAAUCUUCUAAAUAAAAUUAAAAGUAUA